AUCCUGGUCGCCAACGGUAGGGACUAAGAUGAUGUCUUAUCCCGGGCGCUCGGCCUGGAUGGCUCUUAAAGCCCAGCCUUGGCGGCCGCUGAGGGAGAAAACGACGAAGCGGGCGUAAGGGAGGAUUGGGAAGGGAUGAGGAAUCGGUGCCUGGAAGGUUUUUGUUCUUCGAUCCCACCGCCACCGCGCCGCCCUCCUCCAGAACGCGCCUGCGCGGAAAGGGUCUCCGAGAGGCGUUGCGCGGCGAGAAUGGCGUCGCCCGCUUCCUCGGGACCCGGAGGGACCCCUCCCCCCCACUCCGACCCUCACCCCCUGUCCCCCAGUUCGGCGCUGUUUGAUGCAGCUGUUCAAGGAGGGCGGCUUGUAGCAGUAUUCUCUGCUGUGCGUUCUGAGACACCCACGGUAGUGCUGGCCGCACCCCAGAACCCUCUUGCCCAUUGUGGGUGCAGUGUGUGUAAACCCAUCGCUGUCGCUCGUCACAAGGGGUACUGCGCCUGGGCUGGAACAGUUGUGAAGAUUGCUCCUGGAGCAGUUGUAUGUGUAGAAAGUGAAAUCCGGGGUGAUGUAACCAUAGAUUCCCAAGCCAUGAAAAUGGGAGAUAAUAAUGUUAUUGAAUCAAAAGCAUAUGUGGGCAGAAACGUAAUCCUGACAAGUGGUUGCAUCAUUGGGGCUUGCUGUAACCUGAAUACAUUUGAGGUCAUCCCUGAGAAUACAGUGAUCUAUGGUGCAGACUGCCUUCGUAGGGUGCAGACUGAGCGACCACAGCCCCAGACACUACAGCUGGAUUUCCUGAUGAAAAUCUUGCCAAAUUACCACCACCUAAAGAAGACUAUGAAAGGAAGCUCAACUCCAGUUAAGAACUAAGAACAAUAUACAACAUCAAGAUAACAGUUUGUCUUUGACCACUGUCUUUUGAGAGGGCCACAGUGUUUAUGCACUCUUAGCAAUUCACAGAUUAAUACAUGUUGACUUUAUUUUAUAAAAUUGAGUCAGAGAGGAAAGUAAUGGAUUUUCAUUAUAACUGUCCUCUGUAAUUACAUAAAAUGCAUUAUUUUCCUAUAUCCUUACUCCUUUUCUGAGAAUUUGCAGGUUUGGUUUAUUUUUCUUUUGUCAUAUGUUGGCCAUGAUUUUAGUUGUGUAAAAGAUUCCCUGUGAUAAGAAAGGGCAUAUUACUAUGUAUUUAUAUUCUAGCAUAUGUUGUAUUCAAUAAAAAUGCUAGUGACGGGACUUUCAGUGAACAGACUUUGAUCAAGUUUUUUACUUGUGUUGACUUCGCUAAAAUAGCUCUUUUAAUUUUUACUGUGUACUAGCCAUAUUAAAGCUAAUGUGUUUAUCUUU